UCGACUCCAUCCGUCGGGAAGCUACCAACUCCUUCCCCAACUUUCCUUCAAUUCCCUCGGCUGCCCGACUCCCCAACUACCCCCAAACUCUCCCUCGCCGCCUCCCUCCUCUCUCUCCACCGGCGACCGGCGUCGAGGCGAUGGGGUGGGCGACGCGGUUCCUAGCGGCGGUGUGCUUCUUCGCCGCGGGCGUACUCUUCGUCCCCGAGGCUAUCCUCGGCUCCCCCUCCGGCGCCGGCGCCGUAACCGCCGCCAAGCUGGCCCACCUCCUCUCCUUCGCCACCUCCUGGGGCGCCGCCCUCUGGGCAACCUUCAUCGGCGGCAUCAUCAUGUUCAAGAACCUGCCGAGGCACAUGUUCGGGAACCUGCAGAGCAAGAUGUUCCCGGCAUACUUCAUGCUCAUCUCCGCCUGCGCCGCCAUCUCCAUCGCUGCCUUCGCGUAUCUCCACCCGUGGAAGACGGCGUCCACUGUGGAGCGCUACCAGCUUGGAUUCCUCCUCUCUGCGCUCGGCUGCAACCUCUCCAACCUGCUCGUUUUCACCCCCAUGACUAUCGAGAUGAUGAAGAAGAGGCACAAGAUCGAGCGGGACCUGAGCAUUGGCGAGGAGGUCGGGUGGUCCAAGAACCAGCAGGUGGCGAAAUCCAACCCUACCCUUGCCGCGAUGAACAAGAAGUUUGGGAUGAUCCACGGGCUCUCGUCGCUGGCCAACAUCAUGUCCUUCGGCAGCCUGGCCAUGCACUCCUGGUACCUGGCCAGCAAGAUCGAGCUCUGAAGACACCCUUCACCGCGGUGAAUCAUAUCACCAAUUGGCUCUGCACCUCAUGCUGUGAGAUCGCAAGUAGAUCAAGCUGUACUACUAUUGACUUCACAGGAGAUAAAUUGUAGCUGAAAGAGAUCCUAUGGAAUGCAUGCUGGUCCCAAACCAGCUAUUCAAGAUCAGAAUAAUUGAGCCACGUUGACGGCCUCUGUUUGAUCUUUCUCGUUGGCUGGGCCCUUGCUUGCUGUGCGCCGUUGAUUGAGAUCAGAGAUGAGUGGCCCUUCUGAUCAUGUUAUGCAUUAGGCAACGGCGUUUGGUGGGAGCUCUGUCACUGCAUUGUCCAAUGCCCCCACUUCUCUGUUUUCAUUCGGAAGGCCAGAAUUUGAGAGACGUGUCGAGAAGAUUGCUAGUUAUCUUUUUGAUA